AUGCAGCAGUCUGCCCCAGUAAAAAUAAACGAAACUCACUGGGCUAAAACAAAUUCUCAAAAGGCGAACCUGUUUGCUGAACACCUAGAGAAAACUUUCAGUCCAAAUGAAGGCCAAGAUGUUAUUGGGUCAAGUACAAAUUGGCCCGAAAGCGACACUGAAAUUGUUCCAGUCACUACGGAAGAAGUGAAAAAACAAAUUUUAAAAAUGAAACUCAAAAAAUCUCCUGGUUUUGACUUAAUAACGGCUGAUGUUCUUCGGAACUUACCCAAUAACUGCAUCAUCUACCUAUGCGAUUUAAUUAAUUCGUGCCUCCGUUUGAAACAUGAACCCAUUUUUUGGAAAUUCGCUGAGGUAAUUAUGAUACCCAAACCAGGGAAGUCUCCCAAUGAUGUAUCCUCAUAUAGGCCAAUAUCUCUAUUGCCAACCUUAUCGAAGCUUUUUGAAAAACUACUACUAGCGCGUUUAUCACCAAUAAUCGAGAGAAGACGCUUAAUUCCGGAUCAUCAAUUCGGCUUCAGAAAAAACCACUCAACCAUCGACCAAAUACAUGUAGUCGUAAAUGCCAUUGAAUCGGCGAUGCAAGAGAAGAAAGUGUGUUGUGCCGUGUUCUUAGAUGUAUCACAAGCCUUCGAUAAGGUUUCACGAGGGGUUCCAGAUAAGGCACCAAGUGAGGAGGACUUGGUAAGUAAGGGCGGUUCAAUCAUGUCAAGAAACAGCGUGAGAAUCGAACUGCAGUACUUAGAAGAGCAAAGAAAAGCCGAAAUGAAAUAUAUAGAAAAGAAACGUACAAUAAUGCUGAAGUAUGUAGGCGAGGAUGAUGUUAAGGGUGAAGGCAUGAGUGAGGUAAGGACACAUAGGACGUUAGAAUGGGUGAAGAAGCAGGUUGGUAUGAACAACGAUGACAGCAAACCAAACGAAGGUUGUGGUGUUCAGUUGGGUGGUUCAGCUGAUAGGGCGGAAGCCCAAGCAGUAUCGAAAGUUAUACCGGCGCUGAUGAUAGAACAAAGUAAUGCGCGUCAUGUCGUUCCACGAGAUUUGCCUAUAUUUACCGGAAAGCCGGAAGAGUGGCCACUUUUCUACAGCAGUUUCAGCAAUUCAACACGUUUAUGUGGUUUCAGUGAAGACGAGAAUCUUUUACGAUUGCAACGUGCCCUUAAGGGUAAGGCACUUGAAUAUGUCAGCAGUAGGCUCAUGAUACCAGCAUUAGUGCCAGAAAUAAUGUCAACUCUUCAAAUGGUAUUUGGAAGACCAGAACACAUAAUCAAUAACUUAAUUACUAAAAUUCGAGCAGUGUACAUUAAUAUAAAUAAAUUGGACACAAUUGUUACGUUCGCCUUAGAGGUAAAAAAUUUGAUCGCAACUAUGGAGGCUUCAGAGUUACAUUCACACUUAGUGAACCCGUUGCUUAUCCAAGAGCUUGUAGAAAAACUACCACCGCAAAUGCGAUUGCAGUGGGCUGUUGCAUCGCGUAAUAUCAAUGUAACACUUAAAACAUUCGGCAACUGGAUAUAUGAACUAGCAGAAGCAGCAAGUAAUGUAUCGCCCGUUUUUAGUGCUGGAGCCAGUGUAGAUAAUGAAAGGCGCAAAGCGCAACGCAUUAAUUUUCACGAAGAAGAACCUCAGGGUGCAGUAGGCGAUAAGCACAAAAUUCUAGCAUGCUUUUAUUGCAAGGAGGCACAUGCGUUAAAAAGGUGUGCAAAGUUUAGAACACUAAAAACAGACGCGAGGUGGAACGUAGUGCGUGAAAUGAGACUAUGUGGAAGAUGUCUACUGCAGCAUGAUUUUCGAACGUGCAAGAGGACCCGAGAGUGCGGUAUACACAAUUGCAACAUGAAACAUCACCCAUUGCUACAUAAACAAACAAGUUCAACUGCAAGUGGGGCAAAUGAAACGUUGGCGGUUCAUCAUCAACUAACUUCACAAGCGCUGUACAGAAUUGUUCCAGUUACAAUAUAUGGAAAUGGUGUUACCUGCAAUAUUUAUGCCUUUCUGGAUGACGGAUCUGGUCCAACGUUAAUAGAAAAAGACGUAUUAAGACAACUGCGGAUUAAAGGUGAAACGAAAGAUCUUUGUUUACGAUGGACAGAUGGUGCGGUACGCAAGGAACCUGAUUCUGAGCUGGUCAACCUGCAAGUCUCCAAAAUACGCGAAGGUAAAAGGUAUUCGUUGUGCAAUGUGCGUUCAGUAGCUAAGCUGGAGCUACCCGAGCAAUCUUUAAAUAUGACAGAACUUACCGAUAAGUAUAAACAUUUAAAGGGACUACCAGUAGAAUCGUAUCAAAACGUUAGGCCUCGAAUGAUAAUCGGCCUAAGCAAUAAAGAGGUAGCUAUGCCAAUGAAGUUCAGAGAGGGAGGCAAGAAUGAGCCAGCUGCAACGAAAACUCGACUCGGUUGGACCAUAUAUGGAAUAAUUAAGCACGAACCUAAUACUAUUAGGGAAACGUUAAAUUUACACAUCUGUGAAUGCGAUGAUGAUCUAAGUUUGCAGCGUUUAGUGAAAGAUUUUGUCAGUAAUGAAAACGUUAUUGAAACAAGAUUGCUUUGGAAAUCAAAUAACAUUACUAUGCCGGAUAAUUACUUAAUGGCGCUGCGUAGACUUCAGUGCUUUGAGCGCAAGCUGCAAUCCAAUGUAACAUUGCAAAAUUGGGUAUGUGAUCACAUCGAUGACAUGAAGGCGAAAGGUUAUAUACGCCAGCUGAAACCUAACGAAGCCGAGGGGUAUUAUCCACGUAAAUGGUACUUACCGAUGUUUACAGUCAGUAAUCCGAAUAAACCACAAAAGCAAAGACUAGUGUGGGAUGCAGCUGCACAAUAUGACGGAGUCUCGUUAAACGCGUGUUUGGAGAAAGGUCCAGAUCUGCUCACUUCGUUGGUAGAUGUUCUUGUUAAUUUCAGAAUCGGAAAAAUUGGUAUAAGUGGCGACAUUAAAGAGAUGUUUCAUCGAGUACUCGUGAAAGAAGAAGAUCAACAUUCACAACGCUUCCCUUGGAGAAAUUGUGACGAUAACAGACCCCCAGACGUUUAUUUGCUACAAGUUAUGAGUUUUGGGGCAACAUGUUCACCAUCGUUGGCACAACUGGUAAAAAAUAGUAAUGCACGCGAAUACGAAACCGAGUUUCCGCGAGCAGUGAAAUGUAUUUUACAAAGGCAUUAUGUAGAUGACAUGCUGGAUAGCGUCGACACAGUGGAGGAAGCGAUUAAUCUAGUCAAUGAGGUUAGAAAUAUUCAUAAGAAAGCAAAUUUCCAUAUUCGCAAUUGGGUUUCAAAUUCUAACGCAGUGCUGAAAGCUAUAGGUAACCAAGGCCAGGAAUUUCAAUUUUGCUCGGCUGGAAGGCGUAUAGACCAUACAUUUGAGGCAGAGAAGGUAUUGGGAAUCCAUUGGCAAACCGACACUGAUAUGCUCACAUUUGAUCUGAAGUUUACCAAAGCCACUGAGGAUGUUCUAAGUGGAUAUAGAUUACCUACGAAGAGAGAGUUGCUACGAUUGAUGAUGUCAAUAUUCGACCCUUUAGGGAUGCUUACCUUUUACAUUAUUGACGUAAAAAUUUUGUUUCAAAAAGUUUGGCGAAGUGGAGUUAGCUGGGAUGACGCUAUUCCUAAUGAGCUAGUUGAUGAGUGGAACAAAUGGCUGUCGCUGCUUGGCGGUGUGAAAAAUGUGAAGAUACCGAGAUGUUACUUCGCUACGGUUAAUAAGGAUGCAGACUCCAUUGAAUUGCAUGUCUUUGUGGACGCAAGUGAGGUUGCAUAUGCAGCGGUGGUGUACCUAAGAGCGAAGAAUCGCAACAACAUAGAUGUUUCCUUGAUAUGUUCUAAAGCAAAAGUUGCACCAUUACGACCAAUAUCAAUUCCAAGACUGGAACUACUCGCGGCGGAAUUGGGAGCACGCUUAGGAAACAACAUAAAAAGGGCAAUAGACUUGAAAGUGACCAGUAUAACGUAUUGGAGCGAUUCAAAGGCUGUUCUAUCGUGGAUAAAAUCUGACCCACGAGAUUACAAACAAUUUGUAAUGUUCCGCAUAGCAGAAAUCCAGGAGUUGUCCGAAGCAGAACAAUGGCGGUACGUUCCUACAAAAUUAAAUGUUGCGGACUUGGCUACAAAACAAACUAGUAAUCCAGACUUUACUUGGAAAAACCCUUGGUAG